CCUCUGCUUGGUCCUGUUCCAUAGAUAUAGAGAGAAAGAUCCCUGUCUUGCAAGUACAAAGGCCCCGGGCGCACAUUUCCUUUAUCACUAUUUUACUUCUUUUUUACUCUCUCUCUCUAAAAAUAAAGUUCAUUUCCCACUAAAAAGCUUCCAUGUACUUCCAAAGCUUCAAGCUUUAGCAACUCUGCAAAACAGAUAAAAACCCCUCUGUUUCUCUUCUUUUGUAAGUUUUCUUCAAUGGGUUUUUGAAAUUUUCAGUGAAUCUUGCUUUCCCAGUUUCCAGUUUUUCAAAACUUGAUCUGGGUCUCUGUGAUUUUCCCUUAUUAUUUUGUGUGUUUGUGUGGAUCUGAUAUGGAGGUCUAGGGUUUAUCUUUUCACCUAUCAAGGAUCUGCUUUGGUUUCUCAACUUUUGCUCCUUGAAUUCUCCUUGGGUUUUGGAAAGUUGGGUCUUUUUCUUUUAUUGGAUUCCUUCCACUUAUGCUUCUUUGAAAAAGUGUUUCUGGAUUCCAUUCCAAUAAAUUCAAAUGCUUAUUGAUUGAAUGACUUUUAUUCCAUAAAGAAUACCUCCAUUCCUCUACAUUUCCUUUCUCUCUCUGGAAAAACCUUUUCAGAGGGAGAGAAAGAGAGACUAGAGAGUAAUUGCUAUGCUUGUUUUCAUAAUCUAUAGCAUGAUUCAUUAGAGCUCAUAUCUCAAUUCAACUGUACAGUAAUAAAUAACCAAAAACCAUGUACAGAGGAAUCGAAUUACUCUCUCCAGCCACUUACCUCCAAAACUCGAAUUGGUUGUUUCAAGAAAACAAAGCAGCCAAAUGGACUCCCGAAGAGAACAAACGCUUUGAAAAUGCUCUUGCGGUGUAUGACAAGGACACCCCAGAUCGUUGGGUGAAAGUUGCUGAAAUGAUUCCGGGAAAGACUGUUGGUGAUGUGAUGAAACAGUACAGAGAAUUGGAAGAAGAUGUCAGUGAUAUUGAGGCUGGUUUGAUUCCGAUUCCGGGCUAUUCCACCACUAACUCCUUCACCUUGGAGUGGGUUAACAAUCAGGGCUGCGAAGGGUUGAAGCAGUUUUACAGUGUUGGUGGAAAGAGAGGUACCAACACUCGACCAUCUGAUCAAGAAAGGAAGAAAGGUGUACCCUGGACUGAAGAAGAACACAGGCAGUUUCUGUUGGGACUUAAGAAGUAUGGCAAAGGUGAUUGGAGAAACAUCUCUCGGAAUUUUGUGACCACCAGAACUCCAACUCAAGUUGCUAGUCAUGCUCAGAAGUACUUUAUCAGGCAAGUGACUGGUGGCAAGGACAAGAGAAGAUCAAGCAUUCAUGACAUCACAACCGUUAAUCUUCCUGAAUCGAAAUCUCCAUCACCGGAGAGUGGAAGAUCUCCUCCUUCGCCAGAUCACUCUGUACCAGUUAUGCAGUCAAAUUCGAAGAUUGCUGCCAUGGUUAAGCAGCAGCAAUAUGACUGGAAACCAUCCAAUGAAAGUUUGCCAAUGGUGUUUAAUCAGAUAAACUCGAACGCUUUUGGGGGACCCUUUUGUGGGAUUUCUUCGUACGGAUCUAAGCUGCAGGAGCAAAAUUUGCUAAGUGGAAACCUUCGGGGAUCGCAAUUCGGAGCUUACAGUACACUUUAUCAGAUGCAAUCUAUGCAUCAUCAAUGAAACCAAUGCUUGGAUUGGAGGGCUGAUUUUUCCGAGUUUCUAAGGCGUUUGAGAGAUCCAGAACGUUAUUCUAUGGAGGUUGGAAUCUCACCAUCCAUGCCAUUUAUGAUAGUUUAUGUGAAUAUAUUGAUGAGGACUCUGAAUUAGUCCCUUAGCAAUUAGGUUCUAUGAGAAGUUAUGUUAGUUCAUAUUCUAAUUUGAUAUUCGAAUUCUGAACCCUUGAACCAUAAAGUGAAAGCCUGAGCUUUGUUCACUCUCUUGAUGUUUUCUGGUUCUGCUUUGUUGGAGUAAGUAAAGACUAAAGAGUAACAGCGAGUGUUUCAGAUUCA